GCCCCAGCAAUCUGGAGAGCGCCCCGACUGACGCCCCGACUGACGCCAUGAAAGGUUGCAGAUGCAGACACAAUGCUAAGAGAGACCUGAUACCGCCCUGUGUACUUUGAGCACCAUGCUGCACGUAAGGGUGUGCGCGUCAACGUGACGAGCAAAACUUUUCCCUGACUGCGGCUGCAAACCGGUUGGAAUCAUGGCCAGUCUCUUCUGCGGGCGUCCCUCUAGCAGCGCAAAUGACGGGGGUUUCAUGCCGGGAGAGGACAACAUUUCAGACGUGAUUCCCGGAGAGACCAAGCAACUGAUCGUCAUCCCCGCCCGACGGAGACUGCGGCGGUCGAAGGGGCUGACGGCCAAAGCUUGGAGAAAGGCCUUUGACACCGAGGGGCGCCCCACUCAUGUUGCAAAGCUGCUUGGCAAGGUGCAACGAGGGGGAGUGAACCCGAGCAUCCGACCAGAGGUCUGGGAGCUGCUGCUUGGAGUUUGGCCGGUGAACAGCACGGCAGAGGACCGGAGGGCUCUGCGGAGCAAGAGGAGGCUGCUGUACGCGGAGGUCUUGGACCAGUGCCGGCAAAUCCACCCUGGCAUCGGGAGCGGAAAGCUGGCAUAUGCAGUGAACGAUUCCCGCAUUCUGGACGCGCGGACCAGCACGUCACCCGGGAUUGUCAGUGGCACUGUUGCGUCAUUCCCCAGGGAAAGCGAGGCGGAGGGACAGAACGAUGGGGAAAGCAAGGAGUUGCCGAGGCCUCCCCGGAGGAGUCUGGAACGGGUCAGGAUCGGCAGCCGCGCGGCAAACGAACUAGGCUGGGGGGCAAACUUCCUGUUUGCAAUCGCCGAACGGAAUGCAAAGGACGGGUUGUAUGAAGCACAGCCGGCGCUCGAUGUGUGGCUCGAAUGGUACGUGGACGAAACUGUUGCAGAAGUUGGCUCGCAGACGGGGGGGGGCGGGACAACGAAGGAGAGUGUCGCAGGCACAGCUGCUGAGGAGGGGACUUCGGUUAGGGAAAUGUUUGAUAUUAACAUAGAGAAGACUCGGGAGAUAACCCCGGAAAUAACCCCAGAACUGACGCCAGGCCGGAACAUAGACAGAGUCCCGGAGUCAGUCCCGCAACAAGCCCCGGAAAUGACUUGUAAAGAAACUUGCGAAAUAGCUCCGGAGAUCACUCCGGAAGUGGUUCCAGAAGUGGUUCCGGAAGUAACCCCAGACUUAACCCCGGCGCAAGCCUCAGAAAUAACCCCAGCAACGACGUCCGGGUCAGCACUUACGGAAGAGAACAUCGGAGGCCGUACUUUAGAACGGCCGUUUCAUGCAGGGGCGGAGCCGGCAAUUGUGGUUGCGAAAGGUCCCGGAAACGAACCACUCGUCGAAAACGGGCAGCAAGAGAACCAAGGGUCAAGUUCGUUACCCCCUAAACCAGCCGGUUUGGGCCGGGUUAAGACGAUGGUCGCCGAGCUCGAACGGAGGGCGCAGGACGAGGCGCUCGAGGUGCAGGCGUCAUUUUCGAAACGGCCCAAGGGCGCCAAGCUGGGGAAAGAAAUGGCGGCGAAGUCGGUGCUCUCGGCGGCGUUGCUACGGGACGGGUCGGAAGGACGGAGUCUGUCAGGACCGAGUCAGAAGGAGGACAUGCUGACGUCAGCAGCGGGGCGAGGGGAGAGCGACGGGGUGGUUGCGUCGUCACUGGACGGCCGAAAUGGGAGUGACGGACCAGAGCAAAAGUUAGCGGCAGGCGCUGCAAAAGGGGGGGCGGUGCUGACGUCAGCAGGAGAAGGGGAGGCGGGUGGGGCGGCAGAGGAUGGAGCUGCAGUGCUGACGUCAGCAGCUGGCUCUUCUGGAGGGGAAGGAGCGGAGCUGUGGUCCGCAGUUGCUCCUGUCGAAAAUAAGGCGCCGGUGCUGACGACAGCAUCUGAAAAGACGGCCGGCGGGGUACUUUAUCGGGGGGCUUCCUUGGACGGGCUUGCCCCAGAGCCAGGCCCCCUGGGGAGAAGCAGGAGUGCAGCAGUUAUCCUAACUUCUGCGGUUAGCGUUAACUCGGACACAAACCCAGGGGACGACGACUCGGUUGCGGGAUACGGCACGCCAGGAUCUCACUUCACGACGUUCUCAACCGACGAGCGGUUUUUCACACCGGACCGGAGCCUGUCGGCGUUUUUGACGCCGAUGUCGGCCGCUUAUGCGACCCCUGACGAGGGCUUUUUCACACCAGAGCGGCUGGCAAGGAGCGCCUCUGCGUCGCCAGCGCUCUCAAGGGGCAGCGCCCGGAGUGUGAAUAGACUUCCCCCGAGACCAAGCGAUUGGAACGCUAGAAAAGAGGGGCUUAGUGUAAGUGAGGGGACGGGUUCGACAACAUUAGAGGGGCAGAGCGAGGCGGUGCCGGUGAUUGAGCCAAGCACUGCGGACAGUGUAAGUACGGUCAAGCCUAAUGUUGGGCCCUCGGAAAGGGGGGGUGAGAACGCAGGGGACAGUCAGGUUGGAGGAGAGUCGUCAGAGGGAGGAAGCGCGAGGCAUGAGUUGGGGGAAGGUGUGAACAGCGGCUUGCUGGAACCGGUGGUGGUGCGCGAAAGCCGGCCACUCCACUCGCACAUCCCGGAAGCAGGAUCUGUGAGCCACCCCCAAAACUUGGAAGCAUCGCAGAUUGCGGACGAUUCCGCAACUAGUAGUGCGGACGCUCCCCAGCUUUCUUCGGGUAAAGCGGAGCAGGGUGUGAAUGGGCCCAAGAAGCGGGGUGUGAACGGGCCCGCCGAACUGCUGCUAGUGGUGGAGGACGGGAGUUCGCUGACCGCGCUGGGGCAGGGGCCCGUUCACACUUCCGCCGCUCAGCCCUUUGUCAGUCUCGGCUGGGCUAGCGUAACCCCUGCCGGUUUAACCAUCAGGAAGACGGCGCAGGGGAGUGGAAUCCCGGGGCAAAAAGCCCCCCGGGUCGUGACGCGGAACAAGCGCCGGCUGUAUGGGGGAGCCUCGGGGGAGAGCCCCGAGCGGCCAGAGGGCCCUUUAAACAUGACACCUGCUGGAUUUUCAAGGGCGGAAAGUGCAGAAGAUCGGCUGACAGGGCCCGAAGCCGAGAAAGCCGCCGAGUGGCUGUGGACGCUGCACCGGAUCGUUGUCGACGUCGUGCGGACGGAUCGGAACCUUGAGUUCUAUGACGUCACCAGCAACGUGGCGCGCAUGGCGGACAUUCUGGCGGUGUACGCGUGGCUGGAUCCGGAGGUCGGCUACUGCCAGGGGAUGAGCGACCUGCUGUCGCCCUUCGUCGUGCUCUUCGAGGAUGAUGCGGACGCGUUUUGGUGCUUCGCCCGGCUGAUGCGCCGCAUGCGCCACAACUUCGGCAUGCGGGGCCCCGUGGGCGUGCUCCGCCAGCUGGACCGCCUGCGCGAGAUUGUCGCGGCCACCGAUCCGACGGUCGGGGAGCACUUGCGCGCCGCAGAAGCCGACAACUUUCUCUUCGCGUUCCGCAUCCUUCUCGUAAUGUUUCGACGAGAGCUUAGUUUCAGUCAGGUGCUCACGCUUUGGGAGAUGCUCUGGGCGGCGGACUUUGAUCUGGAAAAGGGCGGAGCAGAAGAGGCGCUUUUCGGGGGGGUAAGGGAUUCGGGGCUCGCCGAGGGGGGAAAGGAGGAGGGCGGGGAAGGGGGGGGGUGCGAGGACGAGUUGUGCGUGUUUUGCGUGGCCGCGAUUUUGCACCAUAACCGCACGAGGUUGAGGAAAGAGGUGCGCGAAAUGGACGAUGCGGUGAAGCUAUUCAACGCAAUGGAGUUGAGAGUAGAUGUGCGCAGCUGCGUUGAGCGCGCGAUCAAGCAGAGAAAAGCGUUUUGGCGCAAGACCGAGAAGAAGGCGAAAGUGAUCUAGAGAAUGACGCUCGCUAGAAGUUACUGCUGUGCGCGAGGCCAACGAUGAACACGGAGCGCACACUUGGUCAAAAGUCGGAUACACAAAGCUGUACAGAUGCGUUGAUCCUCUGUAGCUACUAACUAAUGAUAGGGCAUGUGUUGGGCCGAGCUUUGACUUUGUUAUGCUAGGUGAGCUGUCGUUGGGCGUGACGAUAAGAUACAAACGGAUCAGCAGCAGGCUAGCUAGCUAAAACUUACGGUAUGUCAUAGCACGAAGGUAAUUCUGGGCACUUGCAGGUUAGCCGAGCCCCCCAUGGUUGGUGCAAUCAUCUGUCCGACGUGCUUUGCACGUAUCUCCGACACUAAGCCGUGUUUAUACCGUC